CCCAAUAGAUAACGCGACAAAGAGUUACAAACGUCAACCACCGCAUUAUACAACUGCAAAUACAUCAGAUUCAAUUACGAUUCUCAUUAAAUACCAACCUCAUUGCAAAACCAGCGGGAUAGUUUUGUGGAUGCCAUUCUCUGAGUAUUCAUUAUUUGGUUAACAUAGAUGGUUACCGGGACCUAGAUUACACAUACUCAUCCGCCCUUCUGUUCAUCACUGACCAUCAAGAUGCCCAUCAAUCCGAAGGUCCUCAUACCGUUCCUGGUGGCCAUGAUGUUGGUGACUGGUGUGUGCAAUACACUUCUCACCAAGUAUCAAGUCAGUAUAUCAUCCACAUUUGUCAUUUUUCUCUGCUGAUUAUCAUCCAGGACAAUGUUUGCGUCCGGAAUUGCGACGACCCCAAUCCUAAGAAACAAGCACUAUUCGAGCAACCAGUGAUACAGACGGCCCAAAUGUUUAUCGGAGAGAUGGGCUGCUGGCUCUUCGUCGGCGCAUUCUCUCUUUACAACCGCUAUGUCGCAAAGAACCCAAAGCCCGAAGAGGAUGGUUAUGAAGCAGUUGAUACACAUGAAGAAGAGGCCGCGGAUAAUGACGGCGCCAGUAUCAUGUCAAGCUCUACUGCAAAGUCGUUGGCAAUGAAUGCGGAGGACAGAAUACCGUUGACGGGGUGGAGAGUGCUACUGUUAGCCUUGCCUGCUAUCUGUGAUAUCUGUGGAACGACUUUGAGUGAGUAACUGGCAUUCCAGGCGAUUCCGUCGUUUGCAUUCGGGGCAACACAGGGAAAAUUGCCAUCAUAUUUUCUAAUAUCUAUUCACAGUGAACGUCGGUCUUUUGUUUGUAGUGCCCUCGAUUUAUCAAAUGACGCGAGGGGCUUUGGUGCUCUUUGUUGGAGUCUUCAGUGUAGUCUUUCUGAAAAGAAGACUUCACUUAUUUCAAUGGUUCGCUUUGGUGACCGUUGUCCUUGGAGUCGCUAUUGUUGGUAUGGCUGGGGCCCUUUACAAGGAUGACAAAGCUGCACCGUCCUCAAUAGCGCUCGCCCAUGAAGCACUCAAAUUAGUAGCUAGGGAGGCAAGAACGCCAGAAGCCCUGCGCGCCAUAAUUGGUGUAUUUCUGAUAGCUGGCGCUCAGAUCUUUACCGCUUCUCAAUUUGUCUUGGAGGAAUACAUUCUAGAAAAUUAUGCGCUGGAACCCCUUAAAGUUGUUGGAUGGGAAGGCCUCUUCGGGUUUGGGGUCACGGUUAUCGGUAUGGUCAUUCUCCAUCUUGCAGUCGGUAGAACUGCAGCAGGAAGAUAUGGAUACUUUGAUCUUGUUGAAGGAUGGAGACAAGUUACGCAUUACAAAGCCAUUCGAGUUUCAAGUGUACUUAUUAUGAUCAGCAUUGGGUAAGUCUCCUUUGUAUCUGCCUAUUAUUUCUAGCUAACUCGUUCAGUGGAUUCAAUUUCUUUGGACUUUCUGUAACGAGAACAGUUAGUGCCACAUCGAGAUCCACCAUCGACACUUGCCGUACGCUUUUUAUCUGGGUCGUAUCACUAUUCUUGGGCUGGGAAACGUUCAAGUGGUUGCAGGUUCUUGGAUUCGUAUUGCUCGUUUACGGCACCUUCCUGUUCAACGACCUUGUCCGACCUCCUAUGAAAUCAUGCAUUGUACGUGAUGUUGAUGAGCUCUUGCCGUAAGUUUAACCAGUUUUUACAUAUCACACAUUCUGGUUUUAGAAUUCGACUGAAAGCUUCAUCUUUUGAAUCUUCUUCGUGGUGCACAUGAGUUUUCUUUGAUAAGGCAAUUACUGACUUUUUGAUCUAGAGAAGAACCCAUUGAACAUUUGUAAAUGCUUUAAGAGCUAAAAUGAGGUUCUGUGCAUAGGAUGAUCGAAUGAGGAUUUUGCUCGGGAGAACAACAGAUGAAAGAGACAGAGAGGUUAUAUUUUUUAAUCUUCUUCAAUCUAUAUCGAUAAAUUGCAAUUGAAAGAUAUGCACGCAUUUUGGCAGUAUCGGCUAAUCACGGUUGGUUGGUUGGUUGGAGCAUUGGUUGCAGGCGCAGAUGGCGUUCAGGGUUCAUAUGCAUGUAAGCUUAUAAAGUCAAAUUGCGAAAUGUUGAAAGAUAAUAUGUAUAUUUAAAUGUAUACUUCUAUUUAAAUAUAUACAUAUAUACAUAUAGCCACAUAUA